AUGGCGCUCCUCCGCGGAAAACGAUUUCGAAGCUGUUCAGAAGAGAACCCUUCCAUGGUCAGCACGCUCGGAGACGAUCUCCUCGGGGAGAUUCUGAUUCGCCUUCCGGACACUAAAUCCGCCUUCCGGUGCAAACCCGUCUGCAAGCGUUGGAGGUCCCUGAUCUCCAGCCCCAGCUUCAGCCGCCGUUUCGUUUCUCACCACCAGAGCACGGGCGAGGCUCGAACUUCUGCUUCUUCAUACGGACGACGCCAGCGACCCGCAAUCGAUAAGAAUUGUAGCGAGCUUGGCAGGACGUACGUUCUCUGCAAUCCGUUUACCAAGCAAUGGAUGGCCCUUCCGUUGGCGCCUGAAAAGGCAGUGGGUUAUGAAGCACCAGUUACAAGUGGAUGGCCUUUCCUGUGGGGCCUGAGAAGCCAGUGGGUUAUGAAGCACCUGGCUUACAAGUUUUCCCCCUUCUUCUUCUUCUUCUCCUCGACUUCAUCAGCUGCGUGUGUCACUAAACGUACACGGCAGGUUAAGGGUUUUCCUGAGCUCAGCCAGUUACUUAGCAUGAGUAAUCUAAGGCUUGGAGUGGAAGUUGUUGGUGCUCAUGACCUUGCAUCGAAAGACAAAGAAGGUGGUACAUCCCUCUCUUUCGUGGAGCUCCAUUUCGAUCAUCAGAAGUUCCGAACUACCAUCAAGGACAGAGAUGCUAAUCCGGUUUGGAACGAGAGCUUCUACUUCAACAUCUCUGAACCAAACAACCUCCAAAACCUCAACCUUGAAGCCUUUGUCUACAGCAACCACAGCAGGGAAAACAACAACUCCAAGACGUGCCUCGGGAAGGUUCGCCUUACUGGAACAUCGUUCGUCCCUCAUUCCGAUGCUGUUGUCUUGCACUACCCGCUGGAGAAGCAUCGGGUUUUUUCUCGUGUCAAAGGGGAGCUUGGCUUGAAAGUCUUUGUCACGGAUGACCCUUCAAUCCGAACAUCCAACCCACUUCCUGCAAUGGAGUCUGAUUCAAGGAAGACAAGUACUGAAGCUCAUGGAUUGAAAACUAGCCAGCCCUCAAACAUGGUCCAGAAAUUGUUCUCGAGGGACAAAGGUGACACAAGGCACACAUUCCAUCACCUCCCAAAGGAAACUAAGCCAAAACAACAACGGGAAAUGAAUUCUGGGCCUCCUGAACCACAGGUGAAUUACGGGGCUCACGAGAUGAAGUCUGGACCAUCGGCCCCAAGAACUGUUCGUAUGUUUCCUGGAGCAGCACCACAACCACCUGAUUAUUCACUCAAGGAGACAAGUCCUUAUCUUGGAGGUGGAAGAGUCGUAAAAGGGAGGGUCAUACGUGCAGAUAGACCAUCCGGAACUUAUAACCUUGUCGAAGAAAUGAGGUACCUUUAUGUGAGAGUUGUGAAAGCUCUUGACCUUCCUCAGAAGGAUAUCACAGGUGGACUUGACCCAUAUGUUGAGGUGAGAGUUGGGAACUAUAAAGGCAGGACAACGUAUUUUGAGAAGAGGCAAAACCCAGAGUGGAAUGAGGUGUUUGCAUUCGCAAGGGACAGGUUGCAGUCAUCUGUUCUUGAAGUUGUGGUCAAAGAUAAAGACACAUUACUUGAUGACUUCGUCGGGCUCGUGAGGUUUGACAUGAACGAGAUCCCCACUAGGGUACCACCUGAUAGCCCGUUGGCUCCAGAGUGGUAUCGGCUUGAAGACAGGAAAGGGGACAGGAGGAAAGUUGGGGAGCUUAUGCUUGCUGUUUGGUAUGGUACACAAGCUGAUGAGGCCUUCCCCGAUGCUUGGCAUUCUGAUGCAAUCGCUCCUAAAGACGGCAAUUCAUCCACUGCCUCUUCACAGCUCCGGUCAAAGGUGUAUCACUCUCCGAGAUUGUGGUAUGUUCGAGUCAACGUGAUCGAGGCACAAGACCUUGUAGCACAGGACAAGAACCGGUUCCCUGAUGCAUAUGUGAAGGUACAAAUGGGGAACCAAGUUUUCAGGACGAAGAUGGUUCAAGGUCGAACGAUGAAUCCGGUUUGGAAUGAGGACUUGAUGUUCGUUGCUGCUGAGCCCUUUGAUGAGCAUUUGGUACUCUCGGUCGAAGAUCGUGUUGCGCCCAACAAAGACGAGAGCAUAGGUAAAGUUGUGAUCCCCUUGACCACUGUUGAGAAGCGUGCUGAUGAUCGAUUCGUCCGUGGAAAAUGGUUCACCCUCGAGAAGUACAUUACACCUCCCACGGAUGAUCGCCAGGAAGGUAGGAGUUUCUCCAGCAGACUCCAUCUCAAGGUAGUGCUGGAUGGAGGGUACCACGUCCUAGACGAGCCAAUCCACUACAGCAGCGACCUUCGACCAACAGCCAAACAGCUCUGGAAGCAGUCAAUCGGUGUUUUGGAGCUUGGCAUUCUCAAUGCUGAUGGGAUUCAUCCCAUGAAGACGAGAGAAGGGAAAGGGACAUCAGAUACAUACUGUGUAGCCAAGUAUGGACCGAAAUGGGUCAGGACUCGAACAAUCAUCGAUAGCUUAAGCCCCAAGUACAACGAGCAGUACACAUGGGAAGUCUAUGACCCUGCAACGGUCCUAACCGUUGGUGUCUUUGAUAACAGCCAGAUCAAUUCCAACUCGAAUGGAGCCACCACCAGAGACUCGAAAAUUGGCAAGGUUCGAAUAAGACUCUCAACACUCGAGACGGGCAGAGUCUACACACAUUCAUACCCACUGCUAGUCCUCCACCCUUCAGGUGUCAAAAAGAUGGGCGAGCUCCAUCUGGCCAUCCGAUUCUCCUACACAUCCUUCACAAACAUGAUGUACCUCUACUCCAAGCCACUCCUCCCAAAGAUGCAUUACGUGAAGCCACUGCCUAUAGCGCAGCAGGACAUGCUGCGAAACCACGCGGUGAACGUAGUUGCAGCGAGGCUAAGCCGGGCAGAGCCACCACUGAGGAAAGAGAUCAUAGAGUACAUGUCCGACGCACAUUCUCAUCUUUGGAGCAUGAGGAAGAGCAAGGCCAACUUCUUCCGCCUGAUGUCGGUCUUCUCGGGGCUGUUUGCCAUCGGGAAGUGGUUCGGAGAUGUGUGCAUGUGGAGGAACCCUGUGACCACAGUACUGGUCCAUCUCCUCUUUGUGAUGUUGGUCUGCUUCCCCGAGCUGAUUCUCCCAACGGUCUUCCUCUACAUGUUCUUGAUCGGCCUGUGGAACUACCGAUUUCGGCCCAAGUAUCCUCCACACAUGAACACGAGGAUCUCUUAUGCUGACGCGGUGCAUCCUGAUGAGCUGGAUGAGGAGUUUGACACUUUCCCUACGACGAAAGGUUCUGACAUUGUGAGGAUGAGGUAUGAUCGGCUGAGGAGCGUGGCAGGGAGGAUACAGACGGUGGUUGGUGAUGUGGCGGCUCAAGGGGAAAGGAUUCAGGCGCUGCUGAGCUGGAGGGAUCCACGUGCCACUGCGAUAUUCGUGACGUUCUGCCUUGUGGCUGCUGUUGUGUUGUAUGGGACUCCAUUCCAGAUUUUGGCACUACUGGUUGGGUUCUAUACCAUGAGGCAUCCCAAGUUCAGGCAUAAGACACCAGCUGCUCCCGUCAAUUUCUUCCGACGCCUGCCUGCGAGGACUGACAGUAUGUUGUGA